AUGUGUCACACAGUCCGCCGGUUACCCAAUCAGAUUAUGAAACGCUUCAAAGCCAAGUGGUGCCACCAAGCGGUAAAAACAAAUCAAUCGUACCUAAUCACCAGCACAUUUAAAAGUAUCAAAAGGCUAGAACAGACAACCACUGGCAUACUAACUCUGUUAAUGGCUGAGGGCAGCAGUGGUAACGCGGGUGCAGUUAAUCUGCCACCAGGUGACCCGCAACUCAUCGCCAUGAUUGUGGAGCAUUUGAAGAACAGAGGCCUCUUCGACGAGUUCCGUAGAGACUGUCUCGCAGACGUAGAUACAAAGCCAGCCUACCAGAACCUGAGACAGAAAGUUGACAACUUUGUCUCCACGCACCUAAGCACACAAGAUUGGAACCCAUCCAUUAACAAGAAUCAAGUGAGGAAUGGACUGAGACAAAGCGUCGUUCAGUCAGGCAUGCUGGAGUCUGGGGUGGACAGGAUAAUCACUCAGGUGGUGGACCCCAAGCUAAACCAUAUAUUCCGGCCACACAUAGAGAACGCCAUUCAUGACUUCCUAGACUCAGACAGGAAGGAAGAAAACCCGAUGAGCUCCGCCCUACCGCCAGAGCCAGAGCAGCCAGAGGCCCCGCCCCAAGCUGCUGGCCCCAAAACACCUUGAGUAACUGCCAGCACUGCUUCUUCUGUAACCUGCUAGAACCUUAUGGAUGUCCACGGGGCUGAAGCAGCACCAUGUGUGACAGCCCAGAGAAGAUGAGCAGGAGCAGUUGGUGUCUACUUCCCCCUUCACCUACUACCUCCACUUGUCUGUCUGUGAAGGUGUGAGAGAGAAUGAUAGCCUGUCCUGGAUCCUGCUGUGACUGGUGGACUGAUGGUUGUCUUGAACCCAGAGGUCUCCUCUCCAUGGCUCAUGCCAGGCACCUAAGGCACUCUGGACUCUUUCACCCCCUGUCUAGAAGUCAGGCCUAAUCAAGGACAGCAGAAAGUGCUGCACUAAAUCAUGGUACCCAAGAGUGUCCUCCUAUAAAAUGAACAAUUGGAACUGCCUUUUUAUGUCUUGGUGUGUGUAUGUGUAUAUAUCGAGAUAAGAUACAUUUAUUGUAGCUAUUUGUGUUUGAUUUAGGAGCUCCCCCCCCCUCUCAUUUUGGAUACAUUAUGAGGAAUUCUGUACAUAAUUGUUUCAAUUGUAAAUUAACAGUUUCUGAGGACCUUCUGUGCUUUUUUAGUGGUUUAGAUGGAGAAGGAUGGGCCGUGUGUGUGUGUGUACACCAAUCUUCGUCCUAUGAGGAACUACAGCCAGCUACAGGUGUGGUUGAAGUUAACCUGUUAUAGACGGUUCAUCAAUCACCUGCCAAGUAUAGUUUGAAAGUACUUGCCCUUUUACAAACAGUUUCCAGGGGUAAUUUCCCAGAUGUUUGUGUAACAAAUCAUCUGGCUAGUCAGGAUAGAGGCUAGGAAGAACUUUAGAUAGUGUUUUUGUUCUAGAGAACCAUCAGGUGCCAUAGUAAUCCAAACCAUUAGACGCGUGUGUGUGUGUGUGUGUGCGUGCAUGCAUGCAUGCGCCGGUAUAAAGGACCAGUUAAUGCCGGUUUUCCCAGAUUUGUUUAGAAGCUCUUAACGCUAAGAGCGUCUUAAGAACAUUCUAAGGGCGCUCUUGAACGCUCUUAGAACGUUCUUAAGAAGAUCUGGGAAACCCGGCCAAUAUUGGUAAAGUGGGGGGAACAUUUCUUGGUUGGCCAGAACUAUCCUUCUCAGUUGACAUCAACACCAGGGCAGGGCAGUACACUGCGACCGAAAUGGUGGCAUUUUGAAAUGCCAUUGCGACCGUAAUUUUUAAUGGGUCGCAAAUGUAUCACCAUUUUUGUGCUUACCUUAAGUUGUAGGCAAUAUUUGUUACGAGCAUUUAUUAAAACAAUAAUGUGUAUUUUAAGAAUACGUUUUAUAACGUGCUCUGAGCAUUCAACACAUCAAGUUGGCUUCAGCCCGGCGACCCCCCUGCUCCCCUCCCGGAAUGGUGUAGCCCAGAACCAUUUGAAAAGUGUUGCAACAUGCUUUGGUCUCGCCGACAUGUGAUCACGUGGUUCAAGUAGCUCGCUGUAGUUAAAAAAAACCCACUGCUGUCAACCUGUUUUAAUGGUUUUUCGAA